CGAAUGGUCUGUUGUUGUGUACUUGUUCGUGGGCAUCGCCGCUGCCACGGUUAGUUUGUGUUCGUGUUUGGAAAAAAAACUAAAUUUUGAAUUAAAAAAAAAUUUCCCGGACGAGUUUUGUUUUUAUGAUAUAUCGUUAAUUACAAUAGUGUCCGUUGUGGAUUUCACAUUCGAAUGACUAAUAUAAACCACCGAAAGCGAGACAGCGAGGUUUAACCGUGUGAAUUAAUGAAUGCAUCGUGGACAGGGAUUUAGGACAUCUUCCCCAGAGAUCAUCAGUAGCAGACGAUCAGAGUGAAUCCGGACGAGGUGAACUGCAUUACGAAUCAUGAGCACGAGAUUCCAUAAAGCGGCUCAAGACGGUUUCGUAAACCUACUGAAAGAGGCGACCAAAAGAGAUUGUAACGCCAAAGAUGAUGACGGAAUGACGCCAACCCUUUGGGCGGCUUUCAAAGGUCACCUGGAAGCGUUGAGGAUACUCGUUGGCAGAGGCGGUGACCCGGAAAAAUGUAAUUACCAUCUUGGACAAAAUGCGUUACAUCUGGCCGCGUCUAAAGGACAUUUGAGUUGUGUGACCUUUCUUGUCGGCUUCGAUGUUAACUUGUGGGCUUUAGACUUGGACUUUCUCACUGCAAUGCAAUUAGCAGCCAUACAUGGUAAAUCGCAAGUACUCCAAUACUUGGAUAAAGCGGCCGCAUCUCAAAUAAUGCAAAACAGGAAAAAAGUUGAAUCUAAGAAAGAAAAGGCUCAGAAAGACGCAGAACGUAACCAAAAGAAGUACGAAGAACGAACGAGAAAAGAAAGAGAAAAAGAAAAAAAGCAAAUUAGAAGGGUAGAAAAGGAAUAUUUGGGUGGUAACAAAGCAGAUUCGGAAACCGCCAUACCUACGGUUCGAUCAAUUCCUUUGUCUUUGCGCAAAUCGUCAUCGGACCUGUCCUGUAAGUCGUUUACAGAGAUCGUUGGAUCCGGUACCGUGAAAAAACCAUUUGUUAGCUCUGGUGGGGUGAAAAAGAUAUUGGACAGGAAAAUGAAGGCGGCAGCGGCAGCAGUGGACACGCACAAUAAAACCAACAAAYCGUCGUUCAAAUCGAUAAAAGAGGUCGAGGAUAGCACGAGUGUACGAACCAUAACGUCUAACGGAGAUUCGCAAAUUAUUUAUGUCAAUUCGUACGAGAACGAGAACGGAGGGAAAAGGGGCAGGAUUUCGGAUGUGUUUGAAUUGCACCGCACCAUUUCGCAACCGAACUUCCUUAUGGAUCUACAGAACGACGAUGACAAUAAUAAAGUACACUGGCACGAUCAAGGGAGCAUGUUCGAUCGACCAGGUUUCGGAAGCGUCGCGUUCAGGCAAAACGUGACCACAAUUCCAGUACCAGAUGUGUCUAGGGCGACUAUCGAAGACGAGGCGUGCAGUAUUGGCAGCGCUGGAAGUCUAGUGAAGCGGAACCAACCGAGCAGCACAAUGUCCUGGGACGAAUUUCAAAACAGCGACGAGGAAAACAUCGCACUGAACGGGCGCAGUACAAAGUGGUCGGCCGUGCACAAGUUCCUGGUGUCGGCAGGCGUCGGCGAGUACGUCAACAAGUUCGUCGAGCAACAGGUGGACCUGGAAGCGCUGUUCAUGCUCGACGACAGAGACUUGAUCUCGCUCGGUAUGCCACUGGGUCCGCGAAAGAAGCUGCUCGGCGCCAUCGAAGAGCGAGCGAGGAGAAGAUGUGCUCACGAAAAUAUUGGCGUCUGCUCCGACAAAAUGAUUCCCGAAAAAUCGCUAAAUGAGUGUUAAUCGAUAAUCUCAUAUAUAAAAAUAACACAUCACUAUAAUAUAUGUAUCGCGAGUAUUCGUUAUAGGUAGGUAUAUAGGUAUAAUACUGUGCAAUGCUGUGAUUUCGACACACUAAUAAAAUAAUAAUAUGCAUUAAAAUCAUGACACAAAAUCGUCCUGAAACUAAAAACUAUAUAAAUUUAUUUUUAAUAAACCAUGUAUUCAUCAAGCAUAAAAAAGCUGUUAAUUUCAUUUAUAAAUUAUAUCGAUUUUAAGUAUAUUAUAAUACAACCGAUCAUAGCGUUACGAAUAUUUUUCAUCUUUAUUCAUAAUUUAUUAUUACCGACAAGUCGUAUUGACAAUAAUCUAAAAUAGUAGAUCAUCUUUGAAAGUUAAGUUACAUAAUAUUAUAACAUCGGAAUUGACAAAGUGCCGAUCACAACCGCUAGAUUUUAGAAAAAAAAAACCAUAAACUACUCGAAGUAUAAUAAUAUGUUAUGCAAUUAGUAGCAUAUAAGUAUUUUUUUAUCGAGAGAAGGUAUACGAGUAUUAUUUUAGUACACAUUUACACACUCUAUCGGUAAUAAUGUUAAAAUAUGUAAAAUACAUUUCAAUCGAACUCAAUUUCUUCUACGAAAAAUACAAGUGCUGUCAUUAAAAUUCACAGUCAUGAACUGUAUAUAUAUAUAUAUAUAUAGUUUUUUAGUUGUAACCAUGCACAAAACCCCUUCGUCGGACUGUAUACAAAAGGCAAAAGCUAGGCAGACACUGAAAUUCGAUUUCGUCCUUAUACCGUUUAUAUGGACGACUAUUACUCGUGAUGUUUUUCAAUACGGUUUUGUUUCUUUUGGUCGACUCGAAUACGAAAAAUAAAUAUUAUGAACAUUCUAAAGUUUUGGAGACGAUAUCCACUGAUACGGUUAAAAACUAAAUCUUGAAUAAAAUAUUAUCACUCGGUGACUUUUAAUGAACAACAUAAGCGACAGGUACGCGGUACUUAUAAGCUAUUAACGACAUGGUAUAUAAUAAUACUAUAGGUAUGUAAUAGUGGUAUGUAUAGUAAUAUCGUGUAUAGGGUAUACUAAUAUUUUUAUGUAAUUUUUAUAAUAACUAAGAAUUAAGUCUGUACGCGAUUGCGUUUGUGCAUUAUUUCUUAAACUAUUGUUUUGCUUUGCUUUUGGUUUGGACUUUUACUUAAUAUUAUGUAAAUUCGUGUUUCGUGUUGUACUUUUUUUUUUUUAAUAAUUACAACGUAUGUUUCUAUUUUUUUUAGAAUAAUAUUUUAUAAGACUUAUAUAACAUAAUAUUAUCGUCCAAUAUGUAUACUGGCAAUGACAAUAGUAAUUAUUAAAUAAGGCUAUGCUUAUGAUUAUGUUAAUUUACCAAUAUAAUAUAAUUACCUAAGUAUUAGCAUUAGCCAUUAGAUUUGUACUUAAUUGGCACUUCGACAGACACUGUCGUUGAGAUCCGCCAAGUUAACAAAACACAUCUUAAGCUUUAUUAUAAGUAUUUAUUGUAUUUAAUAAAUCUAUUUGUGGCUAAUAAACCAAUGUAUAUAUGAUUAAUCUGGACUUAAACUAGAUAUUAGUGUAUUUUAAUUUAUUAACGGU